AUGAAGUCAUUCUCAUCCAUUGUCGCUGGCAUCGCCGGCCUUGCUUCUGUCGCUUCUGCCACGGUGCAGGGCUUCGACGUCUCUGGCUACCAGCCCACUGUCAACUGGGGUGCGGCCUACAGCAGCGGUGCCCGCUUUGUCAUGAUCAAGGCCACCGAGGGAACUGGUUACAUCUCGUCCAGCUUCGGCUCGCAGUACCCUGGUGCCACCAAGGCUGGCUUCAUCCGCGGCGGCUACCACUUUGCGCUUCCUGACCGUUCGUCUGGCGCCGCACAGGCCGACUACUUUCUGGCCCAUGGCGGCGGCUGGAGCGGUGACGGCAUCACUUUGCCGGGCAUGCUCGACAUCGAGUACAACCCGUACGGAGCCACCUGCUAUGGCCUCUCGCAGAGCGCCAUGGUCAACUGGAUCAGCGACUUUGUCGAGCACUAUAAAUCCAAGACGACGCAGUACCCCAUCAUCUACACCACGACCGACUGGUGGAAGACGUGCACGGGCAACAGCCCUGCGUUUGGCCAAAAGUGCCCGCUGAGCCUGGCCCGGUACUCGAGCAGCGUAGGCGAGAUCCCCAACGGCUGGCCGUUCCAGACUUUCUGGCAGAACAGCGACAAGUACGCGUACGGCGGCGAUUCGCAGAUUUUCAACGGAGCGUACGCGCAGCUGCAGAAGAUUGCUCGUGGUGGUUAG